CCCUAAACCCGCGGAGACCAGGAAUGGAAGGAGAGGCGCAGUCGCCGCUGGGUCUGGGCGGAACGGGGGGCGACGCGCAGCCGCCGCUGCGUCUGGACGGAACGGAGGGCGACGCGCAGCUGCCGUCGGCGUGUGUGUCCAAGGUGCUCGACGACGACAACCUCCUGACGGAGAUCAUCGUCCGCGUCGGCUUCCCCACCAGCCUCGUGCGCGCCGCCGGCGUCUGCAGGCGCUGGCUCAGCCACGCCUCCGAUCGCGCUUUCCUCCGCCGUUUCCGCGAGCUCCACCCGCCCACACUCCUCGGCUUCUACAUCAAAGGCCUCCAUAAGGGGGCCACACGCUUUGUCCCAAUGCUGCCUCAGCCCCCGGAGCUCGCUGCCGUCAUCCGCCGCACAGACUUCCGCUUGGACACCUACGACUCAGAUACCAAUCAGAUGUUGAUGGCGGUCUGCCGGAACGGCAGCGUCGUCACCAGCUGGCACAAGGUAAAAAGCCCCAGAGAUGAAAUUGCAUUUACAGUGCAAUACCCGCUGUGCUAUGGUAGAGAUAUGACCAUCCUCCCAGGAUUAAGCCUCACAAUCGAGGAAUCCGGUUACUCCACCACUUGGACACGGCUCUUCUCCAAAGAAGAAGGGGAUGGCUUGUCCAUCUUUUUUCUCGUCGUGGAGAUCAUAAGAAAACCUGUGCAUGUGUAUACGUUGCAAAAUGGUGAUGGUGCCUGGCCAAACAUCUUACCUUGGCCGACUGCGACCUGCAUCCAGGACUUGGUUGCAGAGCUGUGCUGUCCGGCAACAAAAUCUAUGCGGUGAGCUCAAUGAAAGACAUUGUUGUCGUGGAUUUGAAGGCCUCAAUCUCAUCGACAAUUCCGGCCCCACACGGGGUGGAUUUUGAACUACUGGACACCGUCAUGUUGCCGCGGGCUGAUGAUGGUUCUGGUGUGUAUCUCAUCCAUAUCAAGGAGCUUCAACUUCACAUCUGGCUCCACAAUGGGGACAACUGGUUGCUGGUGGACACCAUUUGCUUGACUGAAAUAUGUGCUGAUUUGCUUGAGGAUGAUUCUAGUGUUGAUUUCACGAUUAUCCAUGUGGGGGACUAUAAUGAGUUUGUGUUUUUGGAGAUGGAUCAAUGCAUACUCUACUUGGAUAUCAAACGCAGGACCCUGCGCAGAGUGUCAAGGGAGUAUGAUUUGUUUGAAAUCUAUCCUUUUAUGAUGAGCUGGCCUCCCAUCUUCCCUGUGCUCAUGGAUAGCCCUUCAAGGGAUGCCACUUGAAGAAGGGUAUGAUCGAGGAAACCUUUUGGAUGAGCUGUGACAAGGGUGCCACCAACGAAGAGCACAUGGCUGCACAUGUAUGCUAUGCAACUGGAGAAGGUACUCCUUCCCUGUGGUAUCUGUGUUGUUACUGUUGUUGUCCGCUGCAUUUGGGAAGCGACUUGUUCUGUAUGUUGAGAAUUGCGAUCUCAUCUGAUCUACUCCCUUCUUAUCAAAAUAUAAGACGUUUUUAGUACUUGUGUUGCAGUCUUAUGUGGCUCCACACCUUGCAACCUGUGACAAUUGGGACAAGUGUCUUUCAGUUGAGAGAUGCGCAGCCAUCUCUGCUGUAACAG